AUGUCAUCACCCCGCCUCAAACAGCUGCGUGUUAAUGGUUCUGCGCUGCCCGAUCUAUACGAAGCCGGUGUGCUCGAGCUCCAGAACGGGUUGGACGCCGGCGACUUCACCAGCGUCGACCUCGUCAAGGCGUACCUGCGAAGGAUCGAAGAAGUCAACCUUGACCGCGCCGAAUUGCGUGCGGUAAUCGAAACGAACCCCCUCGCCCUCUUUGAGGCACAGGCUCUGGACGAAGAACGCGCCUUCUUUGGCAAGCGCGGCCCCUUGCACGGGAUCCCCGUCAUUGUCAAGGACAACAUCGCUACCAUCGCCAGCGAAGGCAUGAACACGACAGCAGGUUCUUUCAGCCUACUUGGAUCGGUGGUGCCCCGCGACGCCGGCGUCAUUACGCGUCUGCGCAAGGCUGGCGCUAUUAUACUUGGCAAAGCCAACUUAUCGGAAUUUGCGUUCUUCCGCGGCAAUUUACCUUCCGGCUGGUCUGGUCGCGGUGGUCAAACGACGAACGCGUAUUUCCCAUCGGCCGAUCCUUGCGGUUCCUCUUCCGGCUCUGGCGUCGCAGCAUCCAUCGGUCUCGCGACGGUAACACUUGGUACAGAAACUGAUGGCAGCAUAACCUGCCCUUCGGAUCACAACAAUCUCGCAGGUAUCAAGCCCACCGUGGGGCUCACCUCCCGUGCAGGCGUCGUGCCUAUAUCCGAGCACCAAGACACCGUCGGCCCGAUGUGUCGCUCCGUGACAGACGCCGCCAUCGUACUUACUGCUAUUGCCGGGAAAGAUCCGAAUGACAACUUCACUCUCGCGCAGCCGGAUGCUGUUCCAGACUAUACGCAGGCGCUGAACGCGAGCGCCUUGCAGGGCGUUCGGAUUGGUGUUCCCCGCCGCGUCUUCCUCAACCAAAGCAUCUCUGGCCAAGACGAUAGCAUCAUUGCCGCGUUCGAGGCGGCCCUGGACACCUUGAGGAACCUCGGUGCAACCGUCGUCGAUCCCGCAGAUCUUCCUAGCGCAGACGAGAUUGCUGUUUCCAACAACGAAACGUUGGUCCUCGAUGUCGACUUCAAGGUACAACUAAACGCAUACUACGAGAGUCUCGUCUCCAACCCAUCCGGUGUCAGAUCUCUUGCAGACCUCAUCGCGUUCGAUGACGCUCAUCCAGAGCUGGAGGAGCCGCUCGACUUCGAGAGUCAAAGCAUAUUCUUGGAGUCCGAGUCCACGAACGGAUUCAACUCCACAUACUUCGACGCCCUCGCAUUUGACAAAGAACUUGGGGCCACCAACGGUAUUGACGCCGCACUCAAGCAGUUUGAUGUAGAAGCGUUAGUGUUGCCGGCAUUCGGUUUUACGACCGUGCCGGCCGCCAUCGCUGGAUACCCCAUCGUCACCGACUUCAGUACCGUCUACCCUGCACCCGGCGUCCCGUUCGGUUUAUCGUUCCUUGGCACAGCAUUCAGCGAGUUCAAACUGAUCAGCUAUGCCUUCGCAUACGAGCAAAAAACUCUGACUAGGCUGCAAAGAAGAGCAUUCCCGGCGGCGAUCCCGACCACACAGUUGGCCGAUGUCAUUGGGAAAUGA